GGGUGUGGUUCCUUGUUCGAGGAAGUUUUUUUUUUCUCUUCUUCUUCUUUCAUCGUCGGCCACUGAACACAUGUCAUGUGGAAUGAAUAUGACUGAAAUCUGAAGAAGAGCAGGAGCCCUAAGUGGCAUGGACAUAUAGUGAAGACUGGUGUUUUCUUUUUUCUUUUCUUUUGCCAGCUGAAAGGUUGAAGGUCUCUGUGACAGGGCAGCUCUCUUCUUGGCGAACACAAAGUGAUCAAGAACAAUGGGUGUCCUGCAGCUGCUGAAAUCCCAGUUCUUGUGCCAUCUGAUCAUCUGCUGUGUGUUCUUGGUCAGCGGCCUCAUCAUCAACCUGCUGCAGCUCUGUACUUUACCUCUGUGGCUGGUCAGUAAACAGCUGGCCCGCAGGAUCAACAUCAGACUGGCCUACUGCAUCAGUAGUCAGAUGGUAGCUGCCCUGGAGUGGUGGUCUGGGACAGAGUGUACACUCUACACGGACCCAAAGAGUUUCCCACUGUAUGGAAAUGAGAAUGCAAUUGUGGUCCUCAAUCACAGUUUUGAGAUAGACUUCCUAUGUGGCUGGACCUUCUGUGAGAGAUUCGGAGUCCUUGGGAGCUCUAAAGUGUUAGCCAAGAAAGAGUUGGCUUACGUACCAGUCAUUGGUUGGAUGUGGUACUUCCUGGAGAUAGUUUUCUGCAAGAGGAAAUGGGAGGAGGAUCGAAGGACGGUGGCACAGAGUCUUCAGAACCUGCAAGAUUACCCAGAAAACUUCUGGUUCUUACUUUACUGUGAAGGAACACGCUUCACACCAAAGAAACACCAGGUCAGCAUGCAAGUGGCUGAGAGCAAAGGUCUGCCCAAACUGAAGUAUCAUCUUCUACCCAGGACCAAAGGAUUCUGGGUAACUGUCCAAAACCUCAGGGGAACUGCUGCGGCGGUUUAUGAUUCCACGCUGAACUUCAGAAACAACGAGGCGCCGACCUUGCUUGGAAUUCUUAAUGGGAAGAAGUAUCAUGCAGAUUUAUAUGUGAGGAGAAUCCCUCUAGAGCAGAUCCCAGAAGAUGAGGCAGAGUGCGCUGCUUGGCUCCACAAACUCUACCAGGAAAAGGACAACUUUCAGGAGCAAUACGUACAGACAGGGCGUUUCCCUGGCCCCAUAGUGAGCCCUCCACGCCGACCCUGGGCCUUGUUCAACUGGCUGUUCUGGUCCUGCUUGCUCCUCUACCCUCUAGGCCUGCUGCUCGCUCAGCUCAUCAGCUCUGGCUCGAUGCUUACCAUCUUAGCUUCUGUGGCUCUCUGCUCUGCAGCUUCACUGGGAGUUCGCUGGAUGAUUGGCCAGACUGAGAUCAACAGGGGCUCAAGCUAUGGGAAUAAGGAAGUUCCUCUGAACAGAAACUAAGGAAUCCUGACCUACUGCGAGCUGCUUCUUUGCUCAGCUACUAACCUACAAGCUGCCAGCGGCAGAGUUUGUAACCACCAGUCUGUCAGGUCCCUGCUGGUCCAACAAGUGCAAACCUGCUUCAAAGCACAAUGCAGACAGGGUAGUCUUAACGCUACGUUGCAUAAGCUCAUGAUCGUGACACUGGACUGUGGUGAGCGGCUUCCUUUGGGAAACCUACAACAAAAAUAUGAGGCAAGAUUAAAUAUGACCCCUCAAAUCAGAGGGUAAAUAUUUGAAUACAGUGACAGACAUUCUUGUUUAUCUUGACUGAUAUGUCUGAUAAUUCCAACUAAAAUUUUAAAUUUAGCCAAAUGAAAAACUGACUACCUCUUUGAUUGUAAUGUAAUGGAUAAAUGAUUUUCGUGGUGGAAUAAAAUUUACAUUUCACUUUAAAAAAAAAAGAAAAAAUAUAUUGCUUUUUUUUUAUAUGUAAGAGCAGCAGAGCACCAGAAGUUGUGGUGUGUGUGUGUCAGUGUCUGGGUUUGUGUUGUUUGUGUGUUUUGUGUUCAGCAGCAGGGAAGGAGAGCAAACCACUGUCUCUCCUCUUAACUGUCUGCUCUCCAGUGGCAAGAAACUAGAUUCUUGCCACUGGAAACUAGAUUCUUGGCAAAGAAAAAAAAACAUCUAACACACAACACAAAAAUCCUUCCUGGUGUCUGCAUUUGCCAGUUGUUGAAUGAUAAAACAAUGUACUAUGAGUAUUAGAAUAUUUGCAGUUUUUUAAAGUAGAUGCUAAAGCAGUGUCUCCCUUUGACUUCUACAUUGUUGUAGCUGUGCCCGAGGAAGCAGAACUUAAAAAUGAGGAGUCACCACCUGAGUUGUGAGUCACUUCCCUUUGGUUUUGAUAAAUAAAACAAUAUACUGCACCGUUACAAUACAUGUGUUGUUGACAGUAAAAACAGAGGUACAGUAAUGUUGACAGUAAGUACGAAUUUCAGUCACUCCUUUCCUUUCCUGGUGAUGGGUGUAAGGACACAGCUCAGACUCCAGAUACCUGCUGCUUGUCUAUGACCUUCCACCCUUUGCUUGUGAAACUGUUAAAAUUUCCAUCACAUACUCAUCACCAUUACUUCAUAAGGCCACACUUGAUUCUAAACAUGGAUUGGACAAAAAAAAAAAGACAAGCUAUAGUGUCCCCUGGUGUUGGUA